AAAGAUCCGUUUUUAGAAUCCUAAAUCUCAAACGUCGUGAAUUGCAUAUGGCCGAUGUUUAUUUACUUAAUAUGAGGAGUAGAAGUUUCAGUGUUGAUUAGCGUAAAUAAGUCUCCUGUUUUCCUGUAAACCAAUAUGAAACAGGGGUCUGUGGACGCUGAUAAUAUAGAAUCUGGCUAUAGAUUUAAUUUUCACCGACGCAAAAUGUUGAAAAAUUCAUCAGUCCUAAUUGGCGAUGCAGAAAACAUUGAUAGGGCGAUUGCUAGAGAACUAAAUUACGCUGUUGCUGCUGCUUUCCACGAUCAUCUUUCUUGCACCAAAUCAGCCCAACAAUUUUGUACAAUUGACACUAUUUCCAAUGAUGUAAUACUCAACAAUAAUCUUGCGUGUAAAAUCGAUCACAUAUAUGCGAAUUGUAGUGACAGUAAAAAUAUCACAACAGCUACUCCUGAUCCACCGGUUUCUGACGAAAUUCCUUCUAACAAACUGAGAACUAACUUUGAUCAAAACCGUCAAGAAAACCGAGUGUGUUUACUUCGGAAAAGGCUCUCAAAACCAUCAGUGGAAACAACACGGAGUGUUUCAGAGUGCAAAAAUUUAGAGUACAACAAUGUGAACAAUAAUUCUGCUUGUAUUCUUUCAACCGGCACUCAACAUAUCAACACAAAUCUACCUGUUCUUGCAACACGGUAUUUUGGUCGAAGGUCUAAAACUGUGCCCUCACGAGCUCUGAAAAGGCGAUAUCUGGGACCACCAAAAAAUUUACCGGUUCAAAGAGAGGCAUUAAUAAGUACGCCUCCUCCAGUUUUAGAAAAAGAAGACAAUGUAAUUAAUAAUCAAGAAACUUUAAAUGAUUCUGAAGAAAAUAAUGACAAUUCAACCGAUUCUAAAAUACUUAAGAAAAGGGGUAAGAAACCAAAGAAGAUUUUAGUGAAGAGAGAUUAUCUUACUACCGAAUCUACGUAUUUUGUAGCUGAUAAUUGGACUCUAGAUUCCUACAAACCUUCUCCAAUAGAUGUGCCUUUAUGGAAGCUAAAACCAAUUCCAAGUUUCUAUCAGAUGGAAGGAACUGAGAAUAUUAAUGAUCCUGUAUUUCAAAGGAGGCAUCUGAAAUGUGAAAUGGAUGAACGUAGACGCAAGAGAUGGGACAUGCAAAGGUUGCGAGAGCAAAAAGUCAGCCAAAAGCUCAAGAAUAAAAAUUCAAAGGAAUCAUCAGGGGGUGAAAUAAUCAUCAACCAAAAGUCCAAUUCUUUUUAUCCUAAUCCUCUGCAAAUUGAAUACAUUGAAGUUACGGAUGUGCUGCCAGUUUUAGCUUUUGGUUGUGCUAUUCCUCUUUUUCAACCAUGUGAAUUCUCUUUGCCCUGGUCUUGCAUCAGAAAUGAAGACUCCCGAUCAUCCUCAAAUUACAAAGGGAAAAAGUCUCGCUUGUCCAGUCACGCUUCAAGAGUCACAUGAAAAAUCUCUCUCGACAGAUUCAUCCUCUCCGACUAGUAUUUUGUUUGGCUUGCAAUUUUAGACGGAAAGAUAAUUCAGUUGCAGUCACUCAAAGAAAUCAUUGAAAAUAAUCAUUUGUACAUAUAUAUAUAUAUCUAUUUACAUUUUAUGUUUGGCAAGAUUCUGCUGAAUUACUUAAAAUACCAGUGAAAUUCUGAAAACGGUGAAAUUUGUUUUUAACGACUCCUCAUUAAUCUUCUGUAAAAGUGAAUCAUGGUAAUUCUAUUCACUUAUAUUGUAACAAUUAAGGUAGAAAAGCUCUCUUUAUAAGCAAGUAGGUAUACUACUUGUCUUGUAACAGUUCUAUACAUACAUGUAUGUAUUGGAUAACAGGAAUUUAUAACAAUAAAUACUGAAUUUAUUCUUG